UUCUGCACAAGAAAACUUAACGUUUGCACCCCACAUAUAGGGUCCAAAAGUGGCAAUUCUUUUCGUUAUAGGAGGAAAGAUCUACCUCCACAUUAUACCAUUCCAUCUUGUACAACUCAGCUGCGAAGGAUGGUGCUACCCAAGUUCUCUCUAUUCUUCUGGCUUCUCCUUUCUUCCCUUGUGAUUCUCUUGAUAAACUAUCAAGUUAAUUGUGAUGAUGAUGAGAAAGACAAUCUUUAUGAGGGUAUAAACAAGUAUCGAGCAGCGUUAAACUUGAAAGCUCUAACAAGGAACGAAAAUGCUGAUUGCCUUGCUGAUAAAAUAGCUGACCAAUUCAAGAAACAACCCUGCACAAAUACCACAGGUGCUAACACCGUACCCGGCACAGAGCCUCAGUUUUCCAACUAUCCAGACCUUUUAAGUAAGUGUCACUUGGCUAUUACCAAUACAAGAGAUGGAAAUGUGAUGCCAGCUUGUGUUCCUGGCCUGGUUCCGAGCCUUGUCCUCGCUAAUUUCACCAAAUCUCUCUACUCAGACAGUCUCAAUGACACUCAGUAUACAGGAAUUGGUAUUGGUUCAGAAGAUAACUGGAUUGUUGUUGUCUUAACCACCAACACUCCUGCAGGAAGCUUUGCUCCCUAUAGUUCUAAUGGUGCCAAUUUGAUUUCAAGAUCUGGAUUGAUUUACUGCUCAAUGCUCUUCUUAGUUGGUAACAUUUUCCUGUUAUGAAACCAAGAGGAUGCUUCAUAGUUACAAUUUUGUGACCAAUCAAAGGUAUUGCUUUUGUCAGGGUGAACUUAAUGAAGACAACUGUGGUUUUUCUAUAGGAAAAUGGAGAGAUCCUUGUGUAACUGUGGCUUCGGUAUUGUAAUUCUAUAAUGCUAGAGACAAAUAGGAGAAAGAAAGCAUUGUCCCAAAUUGUUGUUUUAAUAUUGUUGUCAAUGUCAUUAUUAUCAAUAAUAUCAUUUUUGAGCUCGGAA